AUGGUGCUGCAAUUUCUGACCGACAAGAAGGCGAAAAGGCACACACUGGCAGGAUAUGCGGUCGUCUGCAAAGAAUGGCAGGCUGUUGUCGAGCAAGCAACCUUCAAAUCGCUUCAAAUCACAUCGCAUUGCGUCUCACAGUUUGGAAAUACGGUUCGAGGUGAGCGUCGCAGAUGGCUCAAGCAGGUCUCGCUGAGCAUCAAGCUUCCGACAUAUCCGCAGAAGUUAAGUCGGACGGCGGAGACGGAAGCAGAGCAGAGCCACAACAACAUGGUCUUCACCAGCACCAUCUCCGGGCUUUUUGACGUCCUUGGCCAAUGGGCGAUGGAUCAGGUCGCACCUGGCGGGCUCGAGCUAGAGCUCAGUGCACGAUCUCCUAGCGACCGGAAGAAGCUCUUUGGAGAGAAUGGGCUUGAUGCUGCGACUGGCGACACGCGGUACUUUGAUUCUGAUUUGCAUUUUGAUUUCGUGGAGGGCGCUGAAUAUGCCGGCACCUUUGGCCUCCCGAGCGUCGAGGUGGUUACGUGGUGUUCUAUCACACGAAGAAACUUCCGCAACUUCUCUCCCCAGGCACUCCUCACCAUAUUCUCCAGCCUACCCAACUUGAGCCGAAUCACAUACGAGCCAUUUCACCAAGUAGAUCCCCCGGCUCAAGCUGACGUUGACACUGCCAGCGCCUUCUUCAUACUCUUCUGGCCUGCGACGCUAAAGUCAGUGAGCCUCUAUGAGCACGAUGACGCCUUUGAAUAUGAGGACCUCUACGAGGACGAUGAAGUCACGAGGAUAAAGUAUCGUAAGCCUCUCGCAGGCAACAUAGCCAAGCUGAGUCGCCGCCUCGAAGAACUUAAUGUCGCAAACCUCUGCGAUGCUCGCCAUAUUUUCGAGCCAUUUUUCGAACCACAGAAGGGUUUAACCCUACCGUUUUGGAAGGACUUGCGGAAGAUGACUCUUACCGCUGGAGUCAUCGCGCCUAGCGAGGAAUGGGAUGACACCAAUGAGCUCCUGCAAGCGGCAGGCAAUGCGGCAAGACGCAUGCCCGUCUUGCGUCUUAUGGAGCUGUAUCAAGCCGGUGGUCAUUUCGCAGGUGUAUUUCGAUAUCGUGUGACUGAAGAGUCUACAACGCUUUCCUGGCAGAGCACUUGGGAGUUCAAAGUGAGCCAUGACGUGAAGGAGACUUGGAAGGAUGUGUGUCGUCAGCACACCUCUCGUGAACUCGAUAUUGCUUCUGAGGAGCUUAUCGAGAACUAUCGGGGUUGGCCCAGGUUCAUUUGUGCGACCAUGCGGCCCCCGUCGACGAAUGAGGCGCUGUCUGGGGUGUUUGGCAGCAUAAGCUUGACGGCAUGGAUAUGUCUUCUGCUACCGCAACUCAUCACCAACUAUAAAGCCAAGAGUGCCGAUGGCCUAUCCAUGGCUUUCCUCUUCGUCUGGCUCCUUGGUGAUGUCGCCAACCUCUCAGGUGCCCUCGCGACUCACCUUGCCCCGACUGCAGUCGCACUCGCCAUCUACUUUUGCAUUGCCGACCUCGUUCUCAUCAGCCAAUGCCUCUACUACAACACGUUGAACGCACGGCGCGCCUCCCGCCGCCGCAGGCUCUCCUCGGCGGCCAUCGAUGCGACAGAGGCCGCCGAAGACGAGCCGCUCCUGAACCGAAGGCGGUCAAGCUCGAUUGGCCUGCCGGGAAGUCAUAGGCGACACUCCCAGCGGAGGCAGAGCUCGAACCUCGAGCCAAUCCGGCGGAUCAUCACCGGCGAGGACGAGACGCCAGACAGCAACCCGUGGCUGCACAACGCGCUCAGUCUGAUCGCCGUGUACGGGGUGGGCGUGGCGGGCUGGUUCGUGAGCUACAAGAUGGGCGCGUGGGAGUCGGCCCCGGACGUCCCUGACCCAGAGGAGCCCGGCGCCCAGAAGACGGUCGCCAUUGUGGGCUUGACCCUGGGUUAUUUAAGCGCGGUGUGCUAUCUGUUUGCGCGAAUCCCGCAGAUCAUCAAGAACUACAGAGAGAAGUCUUGUGAAGGUCUCGCUCUGCUAUUCUUCCUCCUGUCCCUGACUGGCAACUUCACAUAUGGCGCGAGCCUUGUGGCAUACUCCCAGGAGGGAAGUUAUCUUAUCAAAGCCCUGCCAUGGCUUCUUGGGUCUCUAGGAACAAUUGUCGAGGAUUGCGUGAUCUUUGUGCAGUUCAGGUUAUAUACCCCGAAGAAGGAGCCGAAGACGCUCUCGAACGGAGAUGCGAACGGUGAUGCAUGA